AUGUCGGCACCAACAUCCAUUCCCUGUGGCUCAAAGAGUGUGGGACGCAACAGGAAUGGUGUUGACAGGCUCAGCAGCCUGUCCGGCAAAGACUUCGUGGAUAAUAGCAAGUUGGAGAAUUUCAUUGAUUGCUUGCUGCUCUUGCGCGACUAUACCGCUUCCUUGGAUGAAGCCCGAAUCUCUCCCUGCUGCGUUGAUUGUACCAAAUGUUCCGUGUGGAUUCGUCAUGCCAUCAUGCACAAAGUUCGUGUCCUUGAUAUUUCUGGACCUCUCAGUUUGGAUAAGACAGCAAUAUUUCCUUCUCAGCACCUGAAAACAAUCAGGCUCCAAGCUGCCAUGUUGAGACAUGGGUUUUUUAGGCCGUUGAACUACGACUGCCCUGUGCUUGAACAUUUAGGGCUGAAGUUGUGCACUUUCUGGGGCCAUGAGGAGAUCUCAUCAAGGUCACUCAAGGUUCUGCAUAUCAGUCAGUGCUACCUCACCCCCAGUCUCCUGAUUUGUGCUAGGAACCUUACCAAUCUCUCUAUCCUUGACACAGACAUUGGUGGUAUAGUAACUAGGGAUCUGUCUUCUCUGGUAACAGCUUCGAUUAGUCUAGUAUCCAAACAUUUUUAUCAUAGGGACACAGUAGUAGUGGGGCAUCAUCUACUUGAUGGCCUUUCACAUGCCACAACGUUGGAGUUGCAUGCGCCAUUACAUGAGCGCGCAUUUGAGGGAGGUUUGCCAACAUGCCCCAUGUUCAGCAAUCUGACAAGCUUGGUCCUGGGCGAUUGGGUCAUGACUGCUGACUUCUACCCACUGCACAGUAUUCUCCAGCGCUCGGACAAGCUGAAGGAGCUAACUCUGAAGCUCAAAAUGGAGGAAUGCAGCAUAUGCAAAGCCUUGCCGUCAACAAGGAGAGCGCCGCUGUCAGGCUCAGACAGCCACCCUUGCAUCGAGAGGAUCAAAAUCUACUGCCGGAAAGAUCAUGCGAGGGUCGGUGAGCUGGUGCAGGCGUUGGUACCGACUGCCUGCAAUGCGAAAAUCAGCAUCGAGCAGCCCUGA